CCCUCUUAUAACACGCUCUGCAGACCUGCGGCCCACAGACGGCAGCUGCGCACCACGCCGACAUGACCCUCGACAACACGUCCGCCGCCGCGUCGGCACUGCUGCUGCUGCUUGUGUUCGCCGCGCACGCCUCGGCAGCCCCUGGAAAACUGCCAUCGUCGUACAAGACGUGCAAGCAGAAUGACCCAGACUUCAACGGCUGCCUCAGGGCAGCGCUCCAGUAUGCUGUUCCAUCGCUCAAGAAAGGUAUUCCCAGUCUUGGUGUGCCGUCAAUAGAUCCGAUGCCAUUCGCUAGUAUCAAGAUCGAGCACGAGAACAAGCAGAGACCAGUAGCGGCAGACCUCGAGUUCGACAACUUGCUCGUCUACGAGAUGUCGCGCGGCUCCGUGGAAUCCGUUGAAAUGGUGCCUGGAAGCUUCCGCCUGAAGGCACAUUUGCGCGCCGAUGACCCCAUCUACAUGAUCGGUACAUACAAGGUUGAUGGCAAGGUGUUGGUCCUGCCCAUCAAGGGAAAGGGCGCCUGCAACAUCACCACCGUCGGUUUACAAGCUGAUUUGGAGAUGUGGGGAGAGCCUUUGGAGCGAGAUGGAGACGUGUACUGGAAUAUCACGAACUUCACAGUCAAGAUGGAUCUUCCAAAGGUCUACUUACAUCUUGACAACCUUUUCAACGGGGACAAAGUAUUGGGAGAGAACAUGAACAAGUUUUUGAACGAGAACGUGGACCUGGUGGUGGAGGAACUGAAGCCGGCGAUUGAAAUGGCACUGGCAGCCACGGAUAUGGACGUGGCGAGGCGACUGUUCAGCAAGGUGCCCUACAACUCCAUCUUCCCCCCAGCGUGAGCGCGGUCGGCAGCGCGCCACCCAGUUACUGCUGGAGCAGUGCGGGGUGUCUCAUUCCACUCACCACCACCAAAGCAAUUCGCACUGUAUGCUCUUGCACACUGGUUUUAGUAAAUUCUUCACUCUAA